CAUUAAUCAACAUUCGAUGUAUAAAUACCGAUAACGGCAUUAUUCACUUAAUAUUCACUAAUUGUUCGCAAAGCGUUGCGGUUGAGUUCGCUUCACUCACUCACAGUCGAAACCAUAAUGUUCGCCAAGGUGUCCAUCGUUGCUGUUUGCCUUUUGGUAGCUGCGGUCAGUGCCAAGCCGCACGUUCUAACCCCGGCAGUGGCAGGACCUGCGUUUGUCACUGCACAGAGCUCCCAGGUGUUUGCCCGAACCUACAACGGAAUUGUUCCAGUAGCAGUAGCCGCCCCAGCCGUCCCAGCAGCAGUCGCACCACCACAUUUCCACGUCCCUGCACCGUCUUUCGCCGCAUUCUAUGUGCCGCAAGCUCCGGCACUGUUCUCCUAUGCGGUGUACUCUCCAGCGCCAGCAGUGGCUGCUGCGGUUCCGGCGGUUCCAGCAGUUCCCGCAGUUGCAGCUGCUCCUGCUGUGGUGGCCACUCCAGCCGCUGCCAAGUUGGUGGCCGCUGCUCCCGUGGCAAAAGUGGUGGCACCUGUGCGAACGGCACCUUACCUUACAACCAUUCGUUAUCGCUCGGUUGUAGUCUAGAGGACUAAAACUUGCGACGUGAUGGAAUGGUGCGAAAGAGGAGAGUGAAGCAUUUAAUAGUUAUUUAGUUCUAAUUCAGUACCUUGCUAGUCCGUAGUGUAAUUAAAUGAAUAUUAACCAAUAAAUCCAUAAAAAUAAUUGGAAUUUGCUUCCUAUUAGAAUUAAAUUUUUCUCAACAUUUAUAAAACAUUCAAUAAAAAUAUCUGAGCCUA